AUCAUAAUUGAUAAAGAAUAUGGUUGGUGAAAUCCACGAUCCAUCCUCCGCCACCUCACUAUCAAACCACGUGUUCGCAUCUACUCUUCUCAUCACCUUUCCUAUUACCCGCCUUUAAUUCCAUCUCCUUAGGUAACUGUAAAACUGCUUCUGUUUCCUAGUCCUAGUCCUUAACCAACUCCUCCUCUAUAAAUAUACACUGCAAUCCUUUCCCUUUCAUUCCCAUCUUUGAAAUUAUUAAUCAACAAUGUCUCCUCUUUCAGCUACUCACAUUGUCAUCGAAGCCGUCUCUUUCCCGCCGGCGGUCAAGCCUCCUGCCUCUGAUAAAACCCUCUUCCUUGCUGGCGCAGGGGUUAGAGGAUUGGAGAUCGAAGGGAAGUUCGUUAAGUUUACUGCGAUUGGGGUGUAUUUAGAGGAUGACGCUGUGCCUUUGUUGGCUGUGAAGUGGAAGGGCAAGACUGCUCAGGAGCUCACGGAUUCUGUUGAGUUCUUCAGAGAAAUUGUCACAGGUCCAUAUGAGAAGUUCAUCCGAGUAACAAUGAUCUUGCCUUUAAGUGGUCAACAGUACUCGGAGAAAGUUGCAGAAAAUUGUGUUGCAAUUUGGAAAUCUUUCGGAAUUUACACUGAUGCAGAAGCUAAAGCUAUUGAUAAAUUCUUAGAAAUCUUCAAAGAAGAAAAUUUUCCUCCUGGUUCCUCUAUUCUUUUCACACAAUUGCCUCAUGGAUCGGUUGCGAUAAGCUUUUCAAAAGAUGGGUCAAUCCCAGAAGUUGAGAAUGGACUGAUAGAGAACAAAUUACUUUCAGAGGCAAUCCUGGAGUCGAUUAUAGGUAAGCAUGGUGUUUCUCCUGCAGCAAGACAGAGUGUAGCUGCAAGGUUAGCAUACUUGUUUGAAAAAAGUACUCAAACAGAUAAGUUGGAUAGUACUACUUCUAGUUAAAAGCUGUAAAAGGUUGCUAAGAAGUUGAGAUGUUAUUGUAGUAGUGGAGAGAAAUAAACUGUGGGAGAAGGAAGAGGCUAUGUUAAACCUUGUCCCAUUUAUAAUAGAUAAAAGGUUUUUAUUUGUAAAA